GGGGAAUGCCGACAUUGAUUCCAAAAAGUAAGCGUGGAAUCUUGUCUUUGCGUGGGGAAAAAAUGAGUCUUCUUCAGUACCAUCAGCAAUUUUUGUGAAUGCAAUGAGACGAAAGAAAGAUCACUUCUAGCUCAACCUUACUCGUUCGACGAAAGCACGGUCGUAGUGAAAGAACGAACCAUCAAUCCUGACCGCGACUUCACACGCAUCCCCGCUCGGUCGGCGGUCUCGGUAACACCUAAUCACCGCCUCUGGACCGGGCGUGCAGCUGCCGGAACGGCGUGCCGUCCGAGGUGGGAGGCGCCAGCCACCCGGGGCGUCCUCCGCCGCCGGCGGCGCGCGGCGCGUGCGCUGGCCUGCCUAUAUGACGGCGGCGCGGCGCGGCAGCAGCUCAGUGCCCGGCACGUCAGAGCCGCCCACCGUACCUGAGGACAGCUCCGGAGGACCGCCGCCGUCCCGUCAGCCGCCACAGACCGCCAGCCAGCAGACAGGAUGGGCGUCUGGUCGUGCCUGCCGGCGCUGCUGGCCGUAUGGAGUCUGGUCAGCUGCCAGCCGACCGGCGUCAGCCGCCAGCAGCUGCAGCCCGCCGUGUCCUCCCAUGACGGAGUGGCGCUGGCGCGUCUACGGCGCUCCAGGACACCGCGAUCAGGAGGCGGCACGGGCCGGUACCUGAAGGCCGGCUCGGCGGUACCGCCCCCGUUCCAGCGGGUCAGUCAGAUGGACAGCGUAGUGAUCGAGUGCGAGUUCCGUGGCGCGCCGCCGCCCGUCAUCGACUGGCUGCGAGACGGGCGCGUCAUCCACCCGGCGAGUCUGACCGAGAGUCUGGAGGAGCGCACCAACAGUCUGACCAGUCUGUCGGCCGAGCCCACCCAGGCCAUCGCCGGCACUCGCGCGAGGCUCUACCUCGACUGUGUGACGCCCAGGGACCAGGGUGUCUACACGUGCCGGGGCCAGACGCCGACGGAGACCAAGAGCGUGUCCACCCGUCUGUUCGUGGAUGAGCCGCUCAGCGUUGAGAGCGCCGCCCUCUGCGAGCGUGUCAAAGACAUGGACGUGUCUCCGGCCCGCAUCAUCCAGUGGAGAAGACAAAUUCUCGCCCAGAUCGGCGACCCGGUGCGUCUGAUCUGCGAGACGACCGGCUACCCGGCCCCGUUGAUAUCAUGGCACAAAAACGAAGAGCCCAUCGCCACCGGCGACCCGCGGGUCACGGUGCUGCCGAACGGUGAGCUGGUGAUUGAGUCUCUCCAGUGGUCCGACAUGGGUCUCUACACGUGCCAGGCCGCCAACGAGUUCGCCACCGACAAGGUCACUACCUUCCUCUACCCGUUCUUGCCGGAAAACUGAUCAAAAGGGUCCACCAACGAUCAAGACUGUUACGACGGUACUGCCACCUAUCGCCAGAAGCACGAAUGUCAGCUUCCUGAAAGUCCGCCGGCCAGGGCGCUGCAGGCUGGCCGCUGAGCCCGUCGGAACACAAGGGUGGCAAAGCCGUGACUGUGGAGCGCAUAAUGUGUCUAACUUUUUUAUCGAAUGUCUUUUUCUUCAUGUUGUGUACAUAUUACUCGGACUGAGGCCAUCGUGUGGAGUACGUUUGCUCUUUUGGUCACUGAAUCUCUCUAUCAUGUGAGCUUCCCAUCUGGCGCUGAGACGGAAGCCGGGUGUACCGUCACGUCUCGAGGCGCAUUUAUGUGAUGUCGAAGACCAGUGCAGCGAUAUGGCUACGGCAGCCAGCUGUUACGUGUUGCUAGAUGGAUAUCUCACAAGCGAGCUAUGAUUGGUUCUGCUCAUCAUGUGCUGUCAGAACACCCUUUUCUUUGUAAUUUUGCGAUGUGAAAACCGAAUGUCGCUGAAACGUUCAGCUAUACGGCCGACCGAAUACGGGUGGAAUUGAUGUGCCCAGUCCUUCCAUUUCUGACUCGCUCACCACCUAUCAAACAGGGAAACUUGCGAGCCUAUGUACUAACGCACUUACCAUUGAGUUAUCAUCCUUUCAUCCUAUCAUUUUUGUACCUAUUUAUUAUUACCUAUUUUUAAGGUGAAUGAAGUAGAAUAGUUUAAAGGAAUAACUAUUAGUUGAGCUGUAUAGUGGGUAGAAAGUAACAGGAACUGUGAUAUCGCAAUCUGGAAGCUUUCUUAAUUUAUCAAAAAUAAACAAAAUAUUUUUGAAAGUUGCCCGAACCCUGAUCAACUCAGGGUUUCCUUCUCACAAAUACAAAUCUCUAAAUUUCGGCGGCAAAAGAUAAUGUUGCAGGUUACAAGAAUGUUUAAAGCACACAAAAAGUAGGAAGAGAAAACCUCGUUUGAAGAAUUCAUCCAAUCAAUAGAGUGCUCUCACAUUCUGACAAGUCAUCUAAAAAUGUAAAUAAAUAAUCUAUAAAAUCUAAAGUUCACGCACAUAGGUACCUAUUGUAGCUAAUUAUAUCUAUUGAUUAUUUAAAUUACAUCUAUUGGUGACCGCAGCCUCACGUCUUUUGUUUGCCAUCCUGAAAACUCCACUGUUCACAACCGUUUUUUUUGCUACUUACGUUUACAUGAAUGUUCCUAGAUUGUCAUUGUAAUGUUAGUCCUUGAGACGGGGGCCAUGUUAAACAGUCGUUAUGUAACGCUCUGUAAACAGGCAUUACAAAUGGCUGUAUCGUUUAACUAACGACGUGAAACCACGCUAGCAUUGCGUUGCUUCUCAUGUCGAUUCGCUGUUUCGUUGUCUCCAUAAUACACGAUGCGAAACUAGA